AUGAGCUUACAAGUCGAACCUAGUAAACAUACUUCUGAAAGCAUUGAAGAUCUUAUGAAAUUGAUUAAAGAAAGAAUAAUCAGUGCCCUUCCGAAAUGUUUAUUUUGCGAUCAUCAAAUGGAUCCACUCGGUGAAAUUGAUCAUUUGAAUAAGUGUGUAAACGCUUGUCGAAAUGUAAUUUCAAAUUUUAGCAAUGAAUUUAAGUCAAAGCUAGACGAGUGUGAUAAGCAAAUCCAGGAUAAAGAUCAACAGUUACUUGAUAAAGAUCAACAGCUGCAUGAUAAAGAGCAACAAAUAGCUCUCCAGUGUAUCAAUUCAAAUGAUAUAGAUGCACUCAUCCGACUUUCAAAGACACUUGAUUAUCAACAAUCAAUGACAAAAGAACAAGAACAACUUAAUAUUGAAAUCAAUAGAUCGCUGACAGUUCAACAACUAUACUUGAAAUCAAUAGAAUGUGAUCCAACCUAUUCAAAUUCAUAUUAUGACCUUGCAUUAACACUUUCAAGUGGUGAAUCAAUCACACUUAAUAAUGGUCAAUCAAUGACAAAACAACAACUAUACUUGAAAUCAAUGGAAUGUGAUCCAACCAAUUCCCGAUCAUACCAUGGCCUUGCAAAUACACUUCCAAGUGGUAAAUCAAUCACACUUCCUAAUGGAAAGUCGAAUAACAAACAACAACUACUAUGGAAAUCAAUAAAGUGUGAUCCAACGCAACCUUAUCCAUAUAUUUGCCUUGCAAAGACUCUUGAAGAAGGGAAGUCUAUUAUACUUCCAAACGGACAAUCAAUGACAGCGCGCAAGCUCUAUUUGAAAGCAAUAGAGUGUAAUCCAAACGAUUUCUAUCCUUAUAUGUACCUUGGAUCAGUCCUCAAAGCAUAUCAAUAUGUCACACUUCAUAACGGUCAAUCAAUGACACAGCAACAACUAUACUUGAAAUCAAUAGAAUGUGAUCCAACCAAUUUCAGACCAUACUGUAACCUUGCAAAUACUCUUUCAAAAGGUAUAUCGAUCACACUUCCUAAUGGUCAAUCAAUGACACAACAACAACUAUACUUUAAAUCAAUAGAAUGUGAUCCAACCAAUUUCAGACCAUACUUUAACCUUGCAUUGACACUUUCAAGCCGUGAAUCAAUCACACUUCAUAAUGGUCAAUCAAUGACAAAACAACAACUAUACUUGAAAUCAAUAGAAUGUGAUCCAACCUAUUCAUAUUCAUACUUUAACCUUGCAGUGACACUUUCAAGUGGUGAAUCAAUCACACUUAAUAAUGGUCAAUCAAUGACAAAACAACAACUAUUCUUGAAAUCAAUAGAAUGUGAUCCAACCAAUUCCCGAUCAUACCAUCGCCUUGCAAAUACACUUCCAAGUGGUAAAUCAAUCACACUUCAUAACGGUCAAUCAAUGACACAACAACAACUUUACUUGAAAUCAAUAGAAUAUGAUCCAACCAAUUCCCGAUCAUACCAUCGCCUUGCAAAUACACUUCCAAGUGAGUGUAAUCCAAACGAUUUCUAUCCUUAUAUGUACCUUGGAUCAGUCCUCAAAGCAUAUCAAUAUGUCACACUUCAUAACGGUCAAUCAAUGACACAGCAACAACUAUACUUGAAAUCAAUAGAAUGUGAUCCAACCGAUUCCAGACCAUACUGUAACCUUGCAACUACACUUUCAAAAGGUAAAUCGAUCACACUUCCUAAUGGUCAAUCAAUGACACAACAACAACUAUACUUUAAAUCAAUAGAAUGUGAUCCAACCUAUUCAUAUUCAUACUAUAACCUUGCAAUCACACUUUCAAGUGAUGAAUCAAUCACACUUCCUAAUGGACAAUCAAUGACAAAACAACAACUAUUCUUGAAAUCAAUAGAAUGUGAUCCAACCAAUUCCAUAUCAUACUAUGGCCUUGCAUUUACACUUCCAAGUGGUGAAUCAAUCACACUUCCUAAUGGACAAUCAAUGACAGAACAACAACUAUACUUGAAAUCAAUAGAAUGUGAUCCAACCUAUUGCCACCCAUACUAUGACCUUGCAAAUACACUUCCAAGGGAUGGAUCAAUCACACUUAAUAACGGACAAUCAAUGACACAACAACAAUUAUAUUCGAAGGCAUUGGAAUUGUUGCUAGAUGAACCAAUCAAAUCAAAAGAAACAUACAUCUAA